CCACCACCUCAUCUCAUCCCAUCGGACCACUAUUCUGAGCCAGCAGAUUCGAUCCAGACAGUAUUCGACCAAUUUCAACCCGUGCACAUAGUAAUCAAGCCUCGGGCGUCUUUCGGGUGGCUCCUUCCACCAUUUCAAAUACCCACCCGAUGCCGCGAAAACCAAAUCCACGGAAGCGCCAUGCAGUCGAAGACCACAACAGUGGCUCUGAGCUGAAUAUGACCAGCUCAAGACGACAGAAGCGGGGAAAAUAUGUCUCCCAAGCGUGUGACCAGUGCCAACAAAGGAAGAUCAAAUGUGACGGAUUACCCCUUUGCACACCUUGUGCCGUGUAUGGGCGCACCUGCGGCAAGCGAAGCACCGACAUGAGGCGUCGAUCGGCCAGGAACCAAACGCAGGGUAUUCAAGAUCGCGGUUCGACCAGGAGGCGUGACAGUCUUGAAACAACGGAGACAGUUCGCUCUCACAGCACCAUGCCCCUGAACAAUUCACCUAAGAAUCAUGGUCACGAGGGUAGUCUUACAACCCAUGAGCUGGCAGCUCGCCUGGAGCAUCUAGAGCAGCUGGUCCAUCACAAACUCGGCACCCUGGCUUCCCAUUCGAGCGUGAGUGUACAUGGUGAGCGAGAUCCUGACGCUGUGACAGCGACACACCCUGGGUUGCGCUCAGAAGGGACUCGUCCAGAUACUACCCCAAGGCAGAAACAGUCUACUCAAGUCCAACGACUCAGCUUCUCAGGGGAGACGUCCAUUCAAUACACUCUUAAACAGGUUGAGGGUCAUUUGGUGAAUUUAGACCACAGAUUUGAGACUACGAUUGCUGUGAGUCCAGAUCGAAUGUCGACACCGGCCUUGACCCCCCCGUCCUCCCCAAGUGGCGAAGCCACAUCUCGCGUGGCAUCCGAUCUCCACAGGCUUCUAGACAGACAUGGUAUUGCGGCAGACAAGGCUCAAUGGGACAGGAUUCUGCACACUUUUUGCAACGAGAUUCACAUCAUGUAUCCACUCCUUCAUCUCCCGACCCUGUGGCACCGAUACACGGAGAUGUGGACCACAUGGUCUUUGGCAGAUAUGGAGCCCUGUAUGCUGAUCAGCCGCCACAAACAAUUUGCGAUGGCUCAGAUACUGAUUUGUCUUGCCACGGGACGUUGUACCGCAUCCCCUCGCAUUGCUGGUGCAGAGGCUCGGCACUCUGCUGGGUGGAGUCUGUACAGAGCGGCGGCAGAGCUCGUCGGCGACAUACUCGAUUGCUUCGAGGAGUGCCCCGAUCAAAUCUUGGUGUUGCAGACUCUAGCUUUGAUGGUCAUUUAUCUAUUCCGUUUGGAUAUAAUUGGCAGGGCAGAAAAGCUUCUCGCGAUUGCCAUUUCUCACGCUCAUUACCUGGGGCUUCAUCGGUCCCUGCCUGUUGUGGACGGGCUGAAACCAUCCGACGUCGAAAUCAAUCGGCGGCUUUGGUGGUGUCUCUAUACCAUGGAUCGCCGACUCGCCAUCGACACUGGACGCCCAUUUCUGAUCCAAGAUAUGAACGUGAAUACACAGUUACCGCAGGGCCUAGAUGAUGAUUGCCUCUUUUAUCGUCAAGUGGGCACAGAUUUGAGUCUAGCCUCCGCCCCAAACACACUCGACAGAGCCAAUGGCGCAGUGACCCCAAUCCCGUACCUUGCUGCAAUGGUGACCUAUUCUCGAGUGCUGGGAAAGGUUUGGGAAGGGAUGUACGGCGCUGAUUCAGCCAUGCAAUCUCCUCCUCGAAACAGUCGCCUGCUUCGCGAACACUUCGAGCACUUGAUCUCUCGGGCGCAAAGGGAGGUCCCACCAGAGUUUGUCUACCAUUUUUGCCAGCAGGAAUCCCAAUCCAAGAAGCCAGUAGGCUGGCUAGUCAAGCAGCAAAAGCUCAUGCGGGUCCGAUGGCUCUCGCUGCGCCUACUCAUCCGCAGGCCCAUGCUUCAAGAGACCACCUCUUCCCCAGCCAUCAUUCUUACCGGGCUCGACAAUGAACGGAUCUGUGCACAAAUUGCCAGUGACGUGAUGCAAGAGUGCAUUGAGAUUUCCGAGGAGCAGACGAUCUUCACAUAUCCUUUUUUUCAUUAUCUACUGAGUGCUGCCAUCAUCUCAAUCGGACUCAUAAUCAAACAGCCGUCUUGCAAGGAUGCAUUUGGCGACAUAGCCCUGAAGGCAAUUCAAGUUCUGGAAUUCUACCCUCGUAGAACACGGAUCUCAGGGAAGUUGAUCCGGAAUGUGUCAAAGCUGGGUCACAUCGUACGGCGAGUUAUGGCUCACAGCGCUCCCUCUGAGGGAGUUCAUACAUCCUGCCUGUUUGCCAACCGUGGUUACGUUUCGAGAGAAUCAGCGGAAAGAUCAUUCGAGUGUGCAGAUCGGGGGGAAUCCGUGGUACAAGAGAUGCAGUGGCUCGAGGCGCUUUUUGGCAAUUACCUCGAUUCGAAUCUAAUCGUUCGUCCUGGUGAAUGAUUGUGUAAAGCCUAGAUUCUUAAGAUCUGCAAAGAUAUUGAGCAUAAAUGCCGAGGUC